AUGGAUCCCAUCGGAGAGGGCACGGAGGAAGAUUUGCAGAGGCGACCCUCUAAGGAUCCAUCCUUGGAUUCCGAUCGUCUUGCAGUCGAUUUGGUGCCAGCAGUGGCCCGCAAUGACGCCCACAGCUUCAAGCGAUGGAUAAAGAGCAUGCGGAAGAAGAGGACCCCAAAUUACGACGGUCCCCCACGCUAUGUCGUUGGAUGGCCUGACGACGAGAGCAAAGACGAAAGCUAUCGCAUGUUUCCGCCGUUCUAUCGUACCCAGCCAGAUCAAUCGUCCACCGCAUCCUCGUCAAAUCUGCAUACGGUCAAGACGGCUAGUGUGACGAGCUUGAGCUUUCUUACCCGUCCCCGGACUAAUACCCAGACUAGCACCCAUAGAAGUGCAUGCCAUAGCAGUGCCUUUUCCGGAUCAGAUGCCAGGGUAUCCAUUGACAGCAACAGACUGACAUCUACGCUGUCUCUCGAUGAAGGAGCAUGGAACCGUGCCGUUCAAAGACGCCAGGUAAUUCAGGAGAUUUUGGAAACUGAGGUUACGUAUCUUGCAGGCUUAAAGGCACUUGCAGAGGUCCUUACUACCCUAGGGAUUACUGAAACAGCAUUGCAACGAAGCGCAUUUGAUCUCCUGAGUCUGCACGAAAGCCUCCUUACCAAAUUACAGGAGGCAAUGCCUCGCUCAGAUAGAUUUGUGGUUCCGAUAUGGGCCACUGCGCGCCGGCGUAUUAAGUUUGGCAGCGUGGAUGCUAGUUUGGCCAAGGCAAAUCGCAAGUCGGUAACGACAAGAAAAAUUCUUGAGCCUAUUGAUUCCCGGAUCAAAUCUUCAAAAGCCAUCGCAGCAGAACCCAAAGAAGCCGCCGAGGUGGCUCGGAUACUGCAAUCAAUGCUUCCACAGUUUAAGCUCUAUGAAGAGUACGGUGUCAAAUAUCAGCUUGUGUCAAAAGAGAUAGAGCUGCUACGGAAGUCAAUCACAAGCUGGGAUGCUUUCGACCAUGGGAUUGAGGCUCUUCUGAAGAAUCUGGCGUCAACUAAUACCCGUGAAGCCAUAUCUAAUCAGUGCUUCACGCUUGGUGAUCUCCUCAUGAAGCCAAUCCAACGGGUUUGCAAAUAUCAGUUAUUCCUGGCAGAACUCCUCAAAAACACACCCGUGGCUGAUUGCCCCUCCUCACAUGCUAUAAUUGAGGGCGCUCUUCAGCGUACAGUUCUAGCAUCGCAGGACAUCAAUCGUGCCACUGGGGACCCAGUUGCCAAAGAUCGAAUUCGGAAAACGAUGCUUCUAGGAGAGAGGCUCGAAUUCGCGAAGAAGGGUGAUCGUAGUAUCCUUCACGAUUUUGGGCCCAUUAAGGUUUGCGGAGUUCUGCAUGUCGCUUAUCAAAUCAAAGAAGGGCUCGCAGGGGAAUAUAUGGUGUGCUGCCUGUUUAGCAAAUAUCUUCUGCUAGCUACCGCAUCCGAAGAUUACAGAAAGUUCAAUGCAGUAGCAGUAAUUUACGUACCGGGAGUCAGGCUAGAGCCUGCAGACAAUGGUACAGGUAUUCAUUGUUCGUAUGCCCCCUUUUCCUGGAAAAUGGUCUUUGAGAUGAGAAAGCAAACUUUCGAAAUAGUAUUAACUGCAUGCUCUGAGAGGGAGGCAAGCGGGUGGAAAGACAAUCUGCUAAGACAGUCACUUGCUGAGACAGCUCAUUCUUUGGAUGAAAGUAUUAUUUUGCAGAAGUACUCCCCGAUCCAGCUGGCCAUGAAACCGUUGUCCGCGGUUGUUGUUGCCGGACAGGUGCAUAACCUAGUUCGUCGAUCAUCGGUUCACGGUUCCUUGUUCAGCACGCCGUCCAAUACAGAUUGUGUUCGACUUCUCAUCAAAGGAACACAAGCUGUACCCCAUGACGGCCAGCCCAGAACAUCCACCCUUCGUAGAUCCCAAUCUGUCCAACUCGCACGCCAGGUCGUUAUCCUUACUCCCAAGAGACAAGAUAGGAUUCGGCUGGAAAAAUGGCUCUAUGACGUUUGGACCUGUGAUGUUCUUCCGUACCCCGGAAUGCCCGCAUGGAGAGGAGAACAUUUGAUACGCUCAUCGGCUGAAUCUUUUAUUCGAAGACUGAGUUCUCGUCGACCAUUCACCAGGCGAUCCAGCAGUCUCACCACCACUCUCACGGCUAAGUCCAUUGAGCGUAUCCCCACGUGCAAGGAUGAGAUCAUCUGGGAUGAAAAGGGGAUCGAUGAAUCUGAUUUAUCAACUCCUAGUUCCAGCAAUAGGUAUGAUGACAUCCAUGAAGAAAAUCACGACCUGGACUAUCGUUCGUGGGGUCCGGAUCCUCAGCAACGAAGAGCACCAAAGGAACAGGGACGAGGGGGGAAGAAAAAGGCGGCCGGCUCUUUAAAGAGCGUGCUGAAACCACCAGCCAAGAAGAAAUGGAGCGUUUCGAUCUUCAAAGGAGCUUCUCCAACAGUACCCGCCAUGGCCUCCUGA